UUGCUCGUUGAAUAUACACAACAAACAAGAUGAAAGAAUUUUACCUUUGAUUAACUGUUUUUUUUGUAUUUUUCGACACUUUCUCUCAAUGAUGGUUAUCUAGAUUUUAUAAUUACUCCUAGACUAUUCAUUUUUUAAUAGUUUAAUCAAACAAUCAACUUCUACUAUUGUAAACUGAACCAUCAAUUUGUGGCCUUACCACAUCAACAAAACCAUAUCUCAACUUUUAUCACCUAUGUUACCUUUACAAUCUACAUUUAGUUUAAUUUAUUUGUUUACUUUUGUUCUAAUUUUCUUUGUUAGUUUGUAUAAACCUUUAAAUAAUUUAUGAAUAUUUUUAUAAACUUCUAAGUUCUAAAUUUUAAUAAGUGAUACCAUUAUCUACUUAACCAUGAGCUUUACUGUUGAAGUGAACGACAGUGAAUCCACUAAUACUAGUUAUCCAAGCAAAACUCAACUGGAUGAUGCUGAUUUCGAUGAAUUCGAUGAUUUUCAAGAGGCAUCUCCUUUGAUUAAUGGUGAGACUAUCAACAUAUCUAAUAGUCAGCCAUUUCCAGUUGAUCCAGAUAAAACUGAUAGCCUAAAAAGUCCGACGUCCUUUUCUAAACCUGUAGACUCUACCCAAAAUUUAACGACAAGCUUACCUAGCUUGGAUAUGAUUAUUAAUCAAUCUUUCAUCAAGGCUUUUAACGAUGAAAAUGAUAAAGCCAAUGAAAGCAUUACAUCUGAUCUUUUCAACGAUAAAACAUCUCAAAGCUAUAAAAUAUGGGAAAAUUUAACAAAUUUGGAAGAAUCAACGUCAUUUCGCUUAAAUUGGGAAUCUUCUCAUACAUUCCAAGUCUUUCUUAGAUCUCUUAAAAUUGACAACAAAAAUAUUAUUGAUAACUUUUUUGUCAAUACAUCUGAAUCAAGUUCAGAGCCAGAAGAACUCACCAUGAGUAAAGUAACAUUGGCUGAUUCCCAACCUGAGGUGGUCAAUACUGUUGAAAAUCAAAACUCGUCUCAAAUUUCAUCGUCAUCGCCAUCUUCAUCGCCGCCGAUUACAUCAACAACAUCGUGCACAAUCUCAUUGAAUUGUGAGCCGCCAUCCUUAGUUGAAUCAACCAAACUCCCACAAGUGUCACAAAAAGCACAACAAACCUUGAGUGAAUCAAACCAAAAUCAAAAUUCAAGUGCCUCAUCAGUACCUAAAGUAAAUUUUGAUUUGAAUACAAGUGGAUUAGCUAAUCCGUCGGAAGAAAUCAAUCCUUCUAACAAUCUAUUGGAUGUUACAUUUUUCUUAAACAAUCCUAACUUUAUGCAACCUUGCUCAAGCCCUAAAGCAACUGUUAAAGCCAAUGAAUCUGAAUCAGCAACAUCACUACAAAACAACGAACUAUCAGCCAAGCCUCUUUCCAUCAUAUCGUCGACAUCAACUGAUCCCUUCCACAAUUUGAUCUCUCACAUGCAAGAUGCAUCUUCUAUGCGAUCCACAACCAAAUCAUCAAUUACACCAUCUGAAACUAAUAAGAUUUUCGAAGAAUUACCUUUGCUAUCUUUCAUGCGGACAAAACUUAUGAUGUUUCCUUUGAGAGAUUCAAUCAAAGACUGAUCAUCCAAGAGCAUCUAUCCAAUCAAAAAUGACAUUGGUAUGAAUUCAACUAAUGAUAUUUGAGACUGUUUCGAAUGUACCUUUCUUCUAAUAUUACAUUUUUCACGCUCAAAAGUUGACCUUUUACAUUGUUCAAUUUGUUACAAUUUUAUCACCUUUUCAUCGUUACUAGAGCCAUCAGAAAGAUACAUUAUUUAUAAUUAGCUUGUAACUCACCUUGAAAUUGAUUAAUGACAAUCAAAUACUAAAUUUUCACAAAAGUGAAAUAUCUCUCAUUUUGUUGAUUGUAACCUUGUAAAAAUGUUUAUAAAUUAUUUUACAGUAGCAUAUGUUUAAAUAUUACGACAAAAUUACUCGUUGAGAUUUGAUGACAAUCAAUUUCUAAUGCACUUUGGAUAAAAAUUACCAAAAAUGUUAAAAAUGAUCCGAACCAUAUCACAGAUCAAUUUAAAUUGUUUAAUCUCUACUUAUAAAUCAGCAAUGAUUUAAUCAAGUCCAGUAUUGAAAAAUAAAACAAUCUUUUCAGUAUUGAAAGAAAGAUCU